GCAACACAAUUAGGAGCCCUAGCGGCACACCUCAUGACACUCUCGACAGCAACGAUCUUCGACAACUCUCCCUUCCCCUGUCUCUCUUUUUAUAAAUCUUCUGAUAGGCAUUCAAUAUCUUUCGCCUCUCUUCUAACAUGGUGAAGAGAGGAUGCAUCGUAUAAACGAACGAGCUGGACUACUUGUCAAACAACAUCUUCGGACAAAGUUAAGCUCGGGUCAACACGAGCCGAGCUUGAACACAACUAAAGAGGUGCAGGAGCCGAGCCCGAGCACUCCAAAUUAUUCCUAUGAUCUUAGGAGUAUUUGUAACUUAGGUUUGGGUUGGCCUAGAUAAGUGCAACUGCAACAUUACCUGACCCGUGUAUGUUGGGUCAUCGUCAAUCUUGCUUUGGCUAAAAAAAACCUGCCGCUUAAGCAGAAUUUCUAUGGUACUUCUGCUUUUUCUAACUUAUAUAAAGUUGUCUGUGUGUAUAUUUAUAUAUUUGUGGCUAGCCAUGGACCAUAGGAAGGGGGUACUCAUCUUAAUGACUCAAGUAGACAAUGAUUCUCUGAAUCAAUUGCUUGACCUUAGUCCGCCGGACGUGUGACUUCAUCUUGCAAGUCCACCAAGGCUUUCUCUAUCCUUUUCUGUGGAACUCCCGGUUGUUGGACCAUAUUUGCUUUUAUUCUGUAAACGGAAUUCUCACUUCAAUUAGGGUUUGGAAGGAGUGAGGAAAUUACAUAACUGCAAGUCCUUGUUUCUGUUCUGUUAGUGUAAGAGAUGGAUGGAGUCAUUCUAGGUAUGCCAGGGCCAUGGGCUGAUGAUAAUUGUGAAGUGUCUGAUCAUUAUACAACAAAAAUUGGUGGACUUCCUGACUGGCCUAGUCCAGCUAUUGACAUAAGACAUGAUCUACUUGAGUGCAGUCAAUGUGGAAGCAAUUUAUGCCUCAUUGCACAGGUUUAUGCUCCAAUAUUAAGUAAAACUGUGAAGAUUGAAGAGCGUUUAAUCUAUGUUUUUGGUUGUGUGAUGCUAAAAUGUGGGAGCACCCCCGUAAGUUGGCGAGCUCUUCGCAUUCAUAAAUCUCUGAGUGGUGAGGAAUCAAACACAUCCUGUAACGAAAUGGUCCCUUUGAGUGCAACCUCUCUUUCAGUUUUAAACACCAAUUGGCAGGAGGAUUUGUGGACAUUCGACUCUAGAGAAGAAGAUGAUGAUGAGAAAAGUGAUGACAUAGAUCUAGAGGAGUUGGGCAGGGCUCUUUCUGAAGCUGGGAACUUGGCUUCUCAUUCUAAGAAACAAAGUAGUAGUCAUCAUCCUGAGGCUGUUGUGAAACCCUCACCCAUAAGCCAAACGGCAAGAGUGGUUGAUAACAACACACCAGUGGCAUCUUGCUUUUAUAUAUAUACUCAGGAAGAGGGAUCCUCAAGAGAGGUUAAUUCUGUGUGUUCGAGCUACUCCUCACUUUCCAUCAAGGAAAACCAAAGUGAUCUUGAUGAUCAUGAACAGGGAGAAACAUGGGAAGAGGAGGGUUAUGAAUAUGAUAGAGCUUUGAAUGCUGACAGGAUUUACCUCAAGUUCAAGAAGCGAAUGGAUUUAUUCCCAGAGCAAUGUUUCAGAUACUCAUAUGGUGGAAAACCACUUAUGGCUACAGCAGAGUCAAUAGAUCCUGGGACAUGCAGACUUUGUGGCUCGUCAAGGCACUUUGAAAUGCAGCUGAUGCCCCCAUUAUUGUAUUUUCUUCAGGAAGCGGCGAAUGAUUCUUGGAAACAGACGCUGGAAAACUGGAACUGGAUGACUCUGAUUGUAUAUACUUGUUCUAAGAGUUGUUCUCAGUCAUCCAUUCAGGAAAACCCCAACAGUGGCAGAUGGGUUGUAGCAGAGGAGGCUGUUAUGGUACAAUAUGAGUAACUGUUAUAUGGGCAGCUGGGCUUGGUUUUUUUUUUUUUUCCUUCUGGUCCAAAUGCUUAUGAUUGGGAAGAAAGAAAGAGAAUUGUGUUUGUGCAAGUGAGUAAUAUUUGUUAACCUUAUUAAGGAGUAUUUAGCUUGCCUACAGCUAUAGCACUUUUGUAAGGAAAAAAAGAAAAAAAUCUCAGAUUAAUUUGUCAGAGUACUAAUUUUUUUUAUUCAUAAAAAGUUUGGUCAGUGGACUCUUACUUA